AAUGCUACAGGUAUCAGAUAUAUACAAGAUAAGAUUAGACAAAAAGUCUGGAGACCCUUUAAAUACACACUGUGAGUGUCCAGCAGGGAAGGGGCCUCAGGGAAGCUGCAAACACAUUGCUGCAGUCCUCCUGAUGAUAAAAGAGUUUACAGAAUCAGGAGAACUCGGACUAGGGAAGUCGUGCACUGAUACUUUAAUGAUGUUUACAAAACCAAAAUCCUCCUAUGAUGGAUCUCCAGUCAAAGCUGAAAACCUUCCAACAAAGAGAAAGUUGGCUGCAGACUUCCUCAGUGACCCAAGGCCAGAGAAAAGAAGAAACUGUCCUGGAUACAACGACUAUGUACAAUCUAUAGUUACCAAUUACUGCAGCCAGUCCUCAAAUGAUAUCUCAUUCCGAUACAUGUAUGGGAAGGCAAAUAUUCAGGCUGCUGUCAAAGACCACGACUAUUGCCAAUUGCCUUUUACUGAGCACUGGGUUGAUAAUUCCAUUAAGGUAACAGAAUCUGAUGUAGUAAGGAUUGAAGAGUCCACAAGACAACAGAGUGCAAGCCAGAUUUGGUUCAUCGAGAGGAAGUGGCGCCUUACGGCAUCAAAGUUUGGGGAAAUAUGCAAGGCCACUUCUCGUCGAAAUACCAGGAAGCUGUGUGCUGCAUUAUUGUCUGAUGUUCAAAUCAACAGUGAAGCUUUGCGGCAUGGAAAAAAUUAUGAGGCAAAAGCUUUGAAAGUAUUCAACAGCAAAUUUAAUAACUCUUUUAAGAGGUCAUUUGCCAUUUACAGUGAUCAAUGA